UGGUGAUGCAUUUCUAUGUAAAUGACGCGGUCCAUCAGGGAAGAUUUGCAUUGAUAUAAAAGCACAGGAUUUUUUUUUAAACGACAGUAUCGAUCCACGGUCUUCAUACUCUUAUAAACAAAAUAAAAAUGUUGUCCAAAAUCACAUUAUUGUCCGCCCUUGUGGCUGUAGCCCUUAGCGCUGCUGUACAGGAACCCGUACCAAUCGUUUCUCAAACUAGUGACGUUCAUCCAGAUGGAAAUUUCGAAUGGGGCUACGAAUCUGCUGAUGGUUCUUCUCAACAACAAUCUGGACAUCUUGUAGGAACUGGAGAUGCAGUAGGUGAAGCAGUCCAAGGAUCCGCUUCUUGGGUCGAUAACGAAGGUAACCAGCAUCAACUUACCUACACUGCUGACGAAAACGGAUACCAACCACAAAGUGCUGACUUGCCAGUCGCUCCUGAAAUUCCUGCUGCGAUCCUGAAAUCUCUGGAAUGGAAUAUGGCCCAUCCAGAACCUGAACAACACUAAUAAUUGUUUAAUGUAGAAUAAUAAAUUGUCUUCCAUCUUUUCUGUAAAUAAAAAAUAUAUCAUUUCAAUAUAUUUUUUAAAAUCUGCUCUAAAACAAUUGGGAAAAAGGGCAGAAAAGUUUCAAACUGCAAGCUCG